CGUCGCGCUGUCGGGUUAACGUCCUCGGUUUAAUAUGGUUCUGAGGCACAAAGUUUCCAGUAUGACUGUUUGAUAGAUAGUCCGGAGAUCCCAUAAUAAAAGUCGAUUUUGAUGUAAUGGAAUCGUCACGUCGUCGACCAAAAUCUGCUCGCGACGAUAAAACUUAAAGAUUAGCGAAAAAACAAGGCACAAUAAAUAAUCACUUGAACAGUCGGUUGAAAAGUGUGGCAAUCGUUUGUGUGGUUCAGUUAAUGUGGAGAGAGACACCGCUACGGAAAGUGAAAAUAAUCAUUAAUUCAUUGUUCGCUGUGAUUGGAAACUUUACCAAACAUGGGGUGCACGUCAUCGAAGCCAAAACCAUCAGAUGAUAGUAAUAUAAUUGCUAAAGUGACCGGAAGUACGGCGGUGUCGGAAGACGAUGACGUGGUGGAGGGUUUUGUGUGCAACGAGGCCGAUAUAGGCGAAAACGAGAUGAAAGCCUUCGAGAUGGACGGUGGCAAGGUGCUGCUGGUCAAACAAAAGGGUCAACUUUCGGCAAUAGGAAACAGGUGCUCACACUAUGGCGCCAUGCUAAACAAUGGGGCCCUUGGAGACGGGCGGGUGAGAUGUCCGUGGCAUGGGGCUUGCUUCAACGUUCUGACGGGAGACAUUGAGGAUUUCCCCGGACAGGACUCGCUGCCGUGCUUCAAGGUCACCGUGGAAAAUGGGAAGGUUAAAGUCCGUGCUAAGCGGUCAGAGCUGCAGUCCGGGAAGCGAACCAGAUCGAUGGUGCGAAAGACUAACGACGAUGAGCGUACAUUUGUGGUGGUUGGAGGCGGUCCUAGCGGAGCCAUCUGUGCCGAAACUCUUAGACAGGAAGGUUUCACGGGUCGGGUGGUUAUGAUUAACAAGGAACCAUGCUUACCCUACGAUCGGAUCUUGGUCAGCAAAACGAUGGAUUUUGAGCUACAGAAAAAGCUGCUUCGAGAUGAGAAAUUCUACGAACAAAACGAAAUUGAAACAAUGACCAGUACGGAGGUCACGGCUGUAAACAGUAAAGAUCGAGAGCUUUCUUUGAGUAAUGGUUAUAAGAUUAGGUAUGAUAAAAUUUACAUUGCUACCGGAUCGAAGCCAAGGAAGCCUGCCAUCGAUGGAGUUGACCUGCCCAGCGUUUAUGUACUGCGUUCGAAUGAUGAUGCCAAGGCCGUCAACGCUGAGCUGGGUCCGGAUAAGCACGUGGUCGUCCUGGGUGUUAGCUUCAUCGGACUUGAGGCGGCCGCGUAUUGUGUCAACAAGGUCGCGAAAGUCACUGUUAUCGGUAGGGGAUCUGUUCCGUUGAAGGAAUCUUUCGGACAAGAAGUUGGUGCUAGAGUUAUGGAAAUGUUCAAAGAGAAGGGAGUCGAGUUUGUGAUGAACUCUGGAAUAAAACGGUGCAUCGGUGAUGACGAUAAAAAGCUAACCUCGGUUGAAUUGAUGGAUGAAACAAUUGUUAAGGCGGACAUAUGCAUAAUGGGCGUUGGAUCAACACUGUAUACUUCGUUUUUGGAGAAUUCUGGGAUUGAGCUGAACCAGAAUGGUUCCAUCGAUACUAACCAGUAUUUGGAAUCUAAUGUAGCUGGAAUCUACGUUGGAGGUGACAUCGCCAACGCUCCCGUCUACUGCAAUAACAACGAGCUGGCCACGAUUGGCCACUACCCGCUAGCUCAGUAUCAUGGCAAGAUAGCCGCUUUAAACAUGGUCGGAAAGCAAACCGAGCUGAAAGCAGUUCCCUACUUUUGGACCAUGCUGUUUGGCAAAGGAUUCCGCUACACCGGUUACGGAAUGCCUCACGAGACCAUCAUCGAAGGUGACCUCAAGCAGCUAUCGUUUGUUGCAUUCUACCUGGACGCUGAGCGAAAGGUUAUCGGAAUGGCAUCCUGCGGCCGAGAUCCCGUAGUGUCCCAAUUUGCCGAGUUCCUUUCCCAAGGCAAAACUCUUCACGCCGAUCAACUCAGCCCGGAUCCGUUCGCUUGGACAAAAGCAAGCGCUUAAACCUAUGUCUAAACCAAGAUUCCAGGAUGCGUGGCCUCAGUAUUACCUUCUUUUGUUCCAUUUAGAAAAUAAUUGUUGAUUUCAUUGUUAAAUACUCUUUUUGACUUGUAUUUAUUUGCUAUGUACAGUAUACGAACGCUAAAA